CGACUAUUAUUCUCUUCAUCAUGGCUCGAUACACCCAUCAGUCCCUUGAUCUCUACCAGCAGUCCCCCUCCACCCUCGACUCCAAGCCUGUCUUUUCCGAAGAGGACGAGAUGAGCGUGCUCGACGAUAAGAUCCUCGAUUCGACAUCGCCCGCCCUCUCCUCCCUGCCCGACCACCGAAAAACCUCAUACGAUCAGAGCGCGGACGUCUUUGCGUCCCAUCGCGAUCCCCUAUGGUCCGAUUAUGCACAUCCCUUCGCCGCCUCCCAUUCGCGUCAAAGCUCGCAGGUCAUGUUCAGCAAUCCCUUCCCCUACGCCCAACAUAACAACCCCUGGGCCCUCCCACGCGCCGACUCCGGCUCAUGCACUCCCACCGCCGUCUACGAUCACCUUCCCUCUGACUUUGACCACGCCUCUGCUGCCUCCUUCUCGGGUGGUGCUGUCGGCUCCAUGAACACCAUGCACAUGCCUGCCAUGUCUUACCGUCAAGGUCUCGCCUACGCAGCCCCCGCCGCUGUGGCUAUGUCUCCCCAGUCCAGUCAAGGCUGGGUGCCUGCUCCCACCGAACUCCCCGACUCGUCUUCUCGUCCGACUAAGAGUCCCACGUAUCGAAAUGACUCUCCCAUGAACGCCCGCCGUGAUGCUCUCCGGGAGGGCCUCCGCGAUGGCAUCCGAAAGAAGAACGCGCGGUUUGACAUCCCCGCUGAGCGCACCCUAAGCAACAUCGAUCAACUCAUCAGCCAGUCCACCAACGAGGAGGAAAUCAAGGAGUUGAAGCAACAGAAGCGCUUGCUCCGGAACCGACAGGCCGCUUUGGACUCGCGUCAACGAAAGAAGCUUCACACCGAGAAGCUCGAGGAGGAGAAGAAACAGCUCACUCAGUACAUCGGCCAGCUCGAGGAGGCAUUGCAGAGCAUGAAGAUCCGCGAGGCAGAAAUGCUUCGCGAGAAGAAUGAAUGGCUGAAUGCCCAGCAGCAGAUCAAUCAGUACAUCGACAAUGUGCACAUGGAGAAGGACGAGCUGAUCCGCGUGCACACCCUGGAGACCGCCGAGCUUCGCAAAAAGAACAAUAUCCUCAAGGAGACGGUUGAGAAGCUGGAGAGGCAGGUCAGGGUUCCCAAUGCCCCCGCGCUGAGCAACGACUUCCAUGACCUGGAGAAUCUGGCCAUGGAUGGUAGUUCCUGGGAUGACUUCGGCAUGGUCAAUAACCUUUCGCUGGACGCGGAACCCGCCUCUGGUUCCACGGUGACGACCGCGAACACCAUGGCUACAUCCACCAAUGACAGCAAGACAACCGAAAAGAAUGCCGACUAUCCAUUCAGCUGGAACGCCUUCUACAUGUGUCUUCUCUUUGGUGCCUUUAUCGCCUCCAACAGCUCAUCUCUCACGGCUCGUUCCUUGCCCACUCUCUCCGAAGAGUAUCGCACCGAGUCCGCCAAUGUUUUGAAGGCUGUCCUUGCUUCCACUCCGCCAGAGCUUGUGCCGUCUUCCGAUCAAGCCCCCGUGGCACCCUCCGCCCCUCCUGGCCCACUGCCCACAACCAUCAGCGGCGCUGAGAUGGCACGGAUGACAUCUGGAGCCGGCGCCACGUCUACGCUCGAUGAGCUCCACAACAAUCUCGCACUGCCGACCAAGGAACAGGAACAGGAACAGGUCUUCUCUCUUACACCCGAUCAAUACAACUCUUUGACGACCUACGACGAACAUGCAAACUUCAAACAGCCGCAGCAGUCCUCCAACCUGCAGCAGGCCCUGGCCGCGAUGCGAAACGGCGCUGCACAAAAUUCAAUGCACAUGAAGUCCACCUCGGAUGUCUAUUCACGAUCGCUCAUGUGGGAUCGUGUUCCCGAGAAGGUCAUCCACGACUUCCGACGCAUGGUCCAAGAGUAUGGCGCAGGCUCCGUCAAACGAGAAGAUUAGACAAGUGUUGAGUAGCAUCCUCCUAUCAUGAUCCCGUUGCACGAGUACCUUCCUCUUUUCCUCCAUACCGACCUGACCUGAACACUCCUUUUGCAAACUCUCCGUCCCGCACGUCUAUCGACACCUUGAAGUCACGCGAAGUGGAUGCCUAGCCGAGGCAUUCUGAGGCAGCACUUCCGUUGACAUGAUCCGAUUCACUUUCCCUUAUUCUGUUCUUGAACGUCUUCGACUCUUUGCUUCUUGACCGGCAUUUGCCAGACUUGGCUAUCAGCCAUGUUUCACCAGAUCACUCCUCUCUCCUUACGACUUCCUCUACAUCAUCUCUACGUUGUUUAGCUAUUGUCAUUUAUAAUGAGCUAUGUGAUCCAUUAGCGAGUUUGGUCUCUGGUGGUUUUCUGGCGCUUUUUUUUUUUUUUUUUUUUUCUUCGUUUCAUUUCGUUUCAAAUUUCUUAUGGAUGAACCAGUGUACUUUGUUUUGUUCAAUGUUUUGUUAGCUAUAUUUUGCCCUUAUGACCCUUUUUCUAAGGAUCGCAUGAUUUGCACUCGGGCCUCUUUACGGACAGGGAACGGGCAACAACGGGACAGAAGUUGAACCGUAACAGACGGGUUGGCGCAUUGUUACCUCACAUGAUUUACUCCGGAGUUGAUUGUCUUUUUUAUUUGUGACUAUUACUGGCUGAUUCUGGUCUAUAAGGGUUAUGGGAUUGGUUUGGCAUUUUUUUUUUCUUUUUGAACUCGCACAGGCCAGUUGAACUUGGGACAGGGAGGUAUUAUGAGUGUUACGGUUUAUGAUCUGAAUUGACCCCGAUACGACUGCAGUCGAAUCGACUGACUGACGAUAUUAAUGGCACUGUAUGAUUGACGCCGAUAAUGUCUUAUUAUGUUGCAUCUUUCUUUUUUUUUACUUUUUGGACUAACGGGCUGCUGGUCUGCCCUCAAUCAUACUUGAGCUUGAUAUCAUAACAUGUAUUUCAUUUCACUAUAUAUUCAUUGUGAUACUGGAGAUCCA